UUUGUUUACGUCCCGUUGGUUAGCUGACAGCUGUUGUAGCGCUUUACCCGCACAAACAACCGCGUCUGCGUGUCUCUGGUGGUCCCCCGGAGCUUUGUAAACUUUACGCCGACUGCUCUGGAUGUCGUGGAUGGGAUGUUUUGUUGAAUGACGGGGAGCCGCUAGAUGCCGACGGGAGGAUGAACUCCAUCACCGGUCGGGUUCUCGCCAUCCCCGCCGCCUCUGUCACCAACUCUGGAGCUUCAUCCUCUCGAGCCUUACAUGUGGAGCUCACAUCCCAGCAGAGGCGAUUGCGUCACCUCCGGAGCAUCGCGGCCAGAAACAUUGUCAACAAGAAUGGUUCCCCACUGCUGGAUACUUACUUCACCCUCCACCUCUGUAUAGGAGAACGUAUAUCUAGAGAUUUUUACAAGAGUGAAGUCAUACGAGACUCGCUGAAUCCGACUUGGCGGAGCCUGGACUUUGGCAUGCUGCCGGACCUCCUGGACACGUCAGUGUCUUGCUUCGUGGUGAGAAUCUGGGGAGGACAAGAGGAACAGUACCAGCUCCUGAUAGAAUGGAAGGUCAAUCUGGAUGGCCUCAGAUACACAGGACAGCAGAUUCGAUCCAGGAAUCCGAAUGAGAUAAUAUUUGGAUUGAAUGAUGGCUACUAUGCAGCUGACUUUGAUCAUAAGGAUCAGUCGGAGCGGAAGAAAAACAGUCUGCUUCAGGUCGAUCAGAGUUCAGUCAGGAACUCCUACAGUGUGUUCUCCUUGCUCAGGCUUCACACAGCCCAGAGAGCCAUCAAGCAGACCCAAGUGACAGUGCAGAAGAUUGGGAAGGAGAUCGAGGAAAAGCUGAGGACGACGGCGACCUGCACAGAGCGGAAGAAGGAGCGAGAGUGCAUGCAGCUGCGUCUGGCUGUGCUGCGCAGUGAGCUGCAGCGGCAGAGGAAGGCACUUGGCAGAGAGAUAGACCUGCGGCAGAAGGAGAGGGCGCAGCUUCACAAGAAAGAGGAAGCGUUCUCCGCUCAGCACGAGAGUCUGAAGGAGGAGAAAGAGUCUUUAACCAAGCUGCAGAAGGAAUGCACUGCUAAGAGAGAGCAGUUCCUCAAGUCCAACGCUCAACUCACCUUCCGCUGUCGUCAGCUCCUCUCCGAGCUUUCCUACAUCUACCCCAUUGAUGUGGCCAAUCAGUCAGAUUAUGUCAUCUGCGGAGUGAAGCUGCCAAACUCUGAAGACUUUCAAGCAAAGGAUGAUGGGAGUGUGGCGGUCGCCCUGGGUUACACGUCGCACCUGGUCCUGAUGAUCUCGUGCUUCCUGCAGAUCCCUCUUCGGUAUCCGGUGAUCCACAAGGGUUCACGCUCCUCCAUCAAGGACACCAUCACUGACAGACUCACUGAGAAGGAGAGAGAAUUCCCUUUGUACCCCAGAGGAGAGCGCUUUCAUUUUGAAUAUGGUGUCUACUUACUCAACAAGAACAUCGCUCAGCUGAGAUAUCAACAUGGCCUGACCACCCCGGACCUGCAGCAGACACUACCCAACCUGAAGAACUUCCUGGAGCAUGGCCUGCUGGUCCGAUGCGACAGACACCAUGUCUCCAGCUCCAUCCCCGUGCCGACCAAGUCUCAGCUGGGUGUGUCCGCUGCCUCAGAGAUAGGCUUCUCCUGCCACACCAGCUCCCCGGACCGAGGCCUGAGAAAAAGGGCGAGCUCGGAGGCCGAUAAGUACAAACCAACUCCUCCGCCCAGUUACAGCACAGCCAUGGGUGAAGAGCAGCCUCCGGUUGGCCUGGCUCCACCUUCGCCUUCACCCAAACACCUGUCCUCCUCCCUGGAUGCCGGCAUGGCCUCACUCAACCUGACCAAGACUACAGAGUCCAAUACAGAGCAGAAGGAAGAGAAGGAGGAGGUGGAGGAGACAGCGGUGGAGGUGGAGAGACGCAGAAGCACUGACAGGGAGACAGCGGUAGAUAAAGAAGAAGAGACUGAGGAGCAGCUGCCCAGUAGCACCGUUGCACCCGACUCUUCGUCAGUUCAGGACGCUGGUGAGGAAACAGUGCCAGCGAGCCAGCACACAGGCGCCAUGAACGGCUCCUUGGUGCCAGGACAGGCGCCGGUUAGCCUGGUCCCAGAGCUGCGCUGCUCUGUGGAGCAAGCGGAGGAGAUCAUGGGCACAGAGGCCACCGGGUUAGGCCUCGGGUUGGGGUUAGGGUUAGCAGAUGAGGCCCGGAUGGAGGACUACCGCUGCAUCCCCGUGGACCACGCAGUCGCUGUGGAGUGUGACGAACAGGUACUGGGAGAGCUGGACGUCGCCGGCUUUGAGGAGUUCUCCAGGCGCAUCUAUGCACUAAAUGAGAACAUGUCCAGCUUCCGCAGACCGCGCAAGAACUCCGACAAGUGAGGCCGAGGACGUACGGAGAGAGGGAGGCAUGAAGAAACUUGCACAGGGGGGUUUGGAGGAACACAAGGCAGGGACAUGAGGACAAGGGUGGAGUCCCCACUCACUUAUCGCAGCAUCAAAGAUCAUAGGAGCUAUUCUGGAAUAACGACCAAUUUGCACUUAUUGUAAACAUUUCCAUAGUAAUCGUUUAAAUGUUAGAGAGCAGUUAGAAGUGCAAGUAUUGGGACAGCAAGCUUUACUUUUUAUUUUGAAGCCAACAGUAAUAUUUUUUUAAACAACGGAUAAAACAAAGAAACAUUCUUUCGUAAUCAAACAUUUUUAGUAAUUUGGCCUUAUGUGUUAACAAUCGUCCUUAUGAAUUAGUGCAUUUAUUGUAGUUUUGUUCAGUAACGCGACCAUUAGUGUAAAAUGGUCCUCCAAUAACAGACCCAAACUUCUUGUCCAAAGCAUCAUGGUCUCUGUAUUACGGAUGGGCACGAGUGCUCAAGUGCACGAUAUGGACUAAGGAUGAUAGUCGUUUUGAAUAUAAUCAAAUACGUGAAAUGUAAUCGAAUAGUAGCUAGAUGAUGCAGUGCCAUCAGAGUAUAUGCAAUAUGUUUUUGUUAGCUUUGAUUAAGGAAAAAAUACAUUUGCAAUGGUUUGAAAUCAGCAGUUUUAAUUUUUUUUUUCAAAUAAUGAUAAAUCGAUUGUUAAUUUAACCAAUAAUCAGCUUACAAUGUUGCAACCCUAAUAUGGACGUCAGAAUCCGUUCAACAUCUGGAGUAAUAUCCACCCAGCCUCUCACAACUGAACAUGACUUUUUUUCUUAAUAUCUAAAAUGUGUGAAAUCUUAUUUCAUUGAAGAGCUGCGUGCGGUCUAUUGUUCAGGGCCUCUUUGCCUCGUUGUCAAUCUAUUUAUCAUGAGACUACCGCUGCGGACACACACAAAAAAUGACAAGGCUAAUUGUUAACAUCGCACGGCUAAUGUUACCUAACGUUUAUUGAUGGGUUUUUCAACAAAGCCGAGCUCAUUCAGUUUCAGUGUGAGUUUGUUUGGACCUUUAAAGGCUCGGUGUUGGAUGUUAGCUGCUGCUGCUCUGUUAGCGCGUGCUAACAGGUCAGAUGUUGCACUGAGCGGGAGAAGAGCGGCUCCGGAGGCAGUCCUUCAGCGCUGCAUCUAACCAGCAGCAACAGAAAGCUUUCUGACUUUUCUUCUAUUAAUUUGCAUUCAUGGAUUGAUAGGCUUAGUGAAACCUGGUUGUCCAAUAAUUCAUUUUCGUCUCCAUUCUUUCGUUAGAUAUUGUUUUUUUGCGAGUUCUCUAUAAUAAUUUAAUGUAAGUAUUCCAAAAUGGAUCUGGCACCUGAUUGCUACCUUUGUAUAAAGUCCCAACCUCACCUGAGCACUGUGAGGUCACACGCCCACAAAAAACAAGGAAGGAAAUGAGAAAAAAACCAGGGGGAGGGCAGAGUUUAUGCAGAAAAAUGCUCGACCACACACUUGUAGUAGGUCAUAAGUAACUUAUCACUGCACAUCAAGUUCCACAUUACCAAGAAACGCUGCCGUUUGCCACUUUAUUUUAUUAUUUUUUUUGGACAUUUAAUGAUAGACACACAAAUUGAGAAUUUUUGCAACUAAAAGUUUCAUCAGACUUCUGUCGCUAAGCCUGCUGUCCCAGUACUUUACACCUCUGACUGUACAAGCAAACGCUUCCCGCGCCUUCAUUCAGGGUGCAUGAUGGUGGGUGUGCGCGGGAGGGAGAAAGUGACGUGUAUGCAAGUGUUUCGGAGCUUCACAUCAGCAUGCAACCGCAGUCACAGUUCGGUUUGACGUCAUUCCGCCAAUGACCUUUGGACACGGCAGGAUGUUGCCGCCGCAGAGCGAGGUGGGAGCAGGAACCAGUAGCCCAAUCGGAGGCUCCCUUAUCUGUGUGACACACGGCAUCCCCCGUCUCCCCCGACGACAGCUCGACCCACGCGGAGUCGAGCUUCUCCUUCAGGUCUUUUAGAUUCGGAUCAGGUGGCAGUUUGGAGCUUACAGCACAUGGCAGGGAUACGGUGCAAUUGUUUUUCUGUCCAUCUCCAUGUCCUCUAUUUUUUCCUCUUUUAUUUUUAAAUUUUUAACGUACCCCAUCAAUAUUAACAUCGAUGUUAAUGUUACGUCCACUGAUUCUCAUAUUCAGUAGACCAAAAAUUAAAUUCUGUGUCUGUGUUCGGUUGAAAUGUCUCACUCAGGCUCUACUGUAGGUGUCGAUAGCAAUCCCGUCGUGUGUGAUUUUUGUCUCCAUGUUCUGAAUGCUUUCUUGCACUGGUAUUCAAUUAUUUAUGUCUCUCAACAAUUGUGUGUGCUUUGUUUCAAAGGAAUUUUAUGUUCCCCACUCACAUGGGAUGUCGCUCAUUAAUAUUGUUAAAUGCUAGACUGAUGUAACCAGUGUCUGGGUCCGAUCGUGGACAGCUGCUUCGCAUCGGCCGCCGUGACGCAGAUGGACUCUCCACCGGCAGUCCACUUUGUGUUUCAGAUCCAGUACUGUGGUUGCUGACUGUUGAGACAUACUGUAUUUAAAACUAAAAGACGAACCAUGUAUGAUCAUUUCCAUAAAAUGCUAUACAGUUCAGUAAGUGACCAUGUACAGAUACUUUUGUAUGGAGGGGUUUCUUUUUGUUAUUAAAGACUUGCAGUCCAAUGGCAAUGU